AUGGCUACGUCUAUACUUGGGGUAAGUCGGGAGGCGCUUCCGGGCUUGAGGACCUCGGCUUUCGUUGUCUUCUUUUUUUUUUAUGGGCGAACCUUAAAACUGUUGCUGUCGCCGCAGCGAGCAGUUUGUGGUUGCACGUCUGGAGAAAGGGGGUAGAAGCGUAAAGGUAAAAUAAAGCUUGCUUUCUUUCGAUUGCAGUUGCUGUAAAGAAGCAGCUCGUUUUUGCUCGCCGAUCUGAUUUGCAGCCCUGCCAUGUUUUCCUAAAAUUUCUGCGCGAAUCCCCCACGUAGGCUGCUCAGGUUUUCCCGGUUCGUAACCCAUCUCCCGCUCGAGGUUUCUCUGCAACGUAGUUUUAGACCUUUUGGAGAGCGCAUAGUUUUUGCUCUCGGGAUCUUUGCCAUUAAGGCCGAUUUGUUUGCCCCACCACCGCCACAAAGGGGGGACGGGGGGAGAUGAGAAAAAUGCAUCGACUUCAUCUUUUUUUUAGAAAAAAGCAGACGCACGAUUUAUUUCCGUUCUUUCUUUCUUUUUUUAAGCGUGGUUUUCUUUCUGCUUCAGUCGUGGCUCCUCUCUGGACCCUUGUCAUUUAAAAACAUCGGUCCCACCGUUUCCUACUGCUGGAUCGCGGUGAAAAGCACGUCCAAAUUAUAAGAUCGGCAACAAUAAUAAACCCAGCUAGGCGGGAUGCGAUGGCCGGGGUGUCUGAUUGGUUUCGUUUUGUUUUAAAGGUCGAGUAAAUUGCGCGGAACUUUUCGCCAGGACGCCGUGGCCGUGGCUUUCGGGGCCUGUUGCGCGCGCCUUUCCCCGCGGCGGCGGCGGCGGCGGAUCCGGGGCUUGGGCGCGAGAGGCUGACGGGCUGGUUUUUGUGUCUCCCUCCCCUCCACAGGAAGAGCCACGCUUCGGGACCACGCCUUUGGCCAUGCUGGCCGCCACCUGCAACAAGAUCGGCAACACCAGCCCGCUGACCACCUUGCCGGAGUCGAGCGCCUUCGCCAAGGGCAGCUUCCACCCGUGGAAGCGCUCCACCUCCAGCUGCAACCUGGGCUCCAGCCUGUCCGGCUUCACGGUGGCCACGAGCCGCGGCUCGAGCGGGCUGGCCAGCGGCAGCGGCACCGCCAACAGCGCCUUUUGCCUGGCCUCCACGUCGCCCACGUCGUCGGCCUUCAGCAGCGACUACAGCGGCCUCUUCUCCAACUCGGCGGCGGCGGCGGCGGCCGCGGCGGGAGUUUCCCCUCAGGAGGCCGGCGGGCAGUCGGCCUUCAUCUCCAAAGUGCACAGCUCGGCGGCCGACAGCCUGUACCCUCGCGUGGGCAUGGCGCACCCUUACGAGUCGUGGUACAAGUCCGGCUUCCACUCGACGCUGGCGGCGGGCGAGGUGGCCAACGGCGCGGCGUCGUCGUGGUGGGACGUGCACACCAACCCGGGCUCGUGGCUGGAGGUGCAGAACCCGGCCGGCGGCCUGCAGAGCCCGCUGCACUCGGGCGCCCCCCAGGCCUCCCUGCACUCGCAGCUGGGCACCUACAACCCGGCCGACUUCAGCUCCCUCACGCACUCGGCCUUCAGCUCCACGGGCCUGGGCUCGACGGCGGCGUCGCACCUGCUCUCCACUAGCCAGCACCUGCUCACGCAGGAGGGCUUCAAGCCCGUGCUCCCCUCGUACACGGACUCCAGCGCCGCGGUGGCGGCCGCCAGCGCCAUGAUUUCCGGCGCCGCGGCGGCCGCGGCAGCUGGGGGAGGCUCGGCGCGCUCCGCCCGGCGCUACUCGGGCAGGGCCACCUGCGACUGCCCCAACUGCCAGGAGGCCGAGCGUCUGGGGCCGGCGGGGGCGAGCCUGAGGCGCAAGGGCCUGCACAGCUGCCACAUCCCCGGCUGCGGGAAGGUGUACGGCAAGACGUCGCACCUCAAGGCGCACCUGCGCUGGCACACGGGCGAGCGGCCCUUCGUCUGCAACUGGCUCUUCUGCGGCAAGCGCUUCACGCGCUCCGACGAGCUGCAGAGGCACCUGCGGACUCACACCGGCGAGAAGCGCUUCGCCUGUCCGGUCUGCAACAAGCGCUUCAUGCGCAGCGACCACCUCAGCAAACACAUUAAGACGCACAACGGCGGAGGAGGGGGCAAAAAGGGCAGCGACAGCGACACGGACGCCAGCAACCUGGAGACGCCGCGCUCCGAGUCGCCCGACCUCAUCCUGCACGAGGCGCGGGGCAAGGACUCCACAGCGGGGCCCAACGACUCGUAG